AUGUCAGCUCAAUUCCCAUCGCUCAAACGGGCCCAGACAGACUUCCCUGCGCAGUCAACCAGCCCGUUACGACAGGGCUCGACAGCGUCCACCAAUUCAUCUACAUACUCUGUCGCAUCUAGCUCAUUCGCCCCGAGUCGAACUAGCACUGUCUCCUCUAAUGCGUCCAUAUCAAACACAUUGGGUCAUUUGCGAGGGAAGAGUGAAGCUGGUAGUAUAGGAUCACAAAGUACUGUCACGGACGCAAUGGAACGAGGAGCCUAUUCCAAUGCGGGUUCAGCAUACGACAACAUUCGCCGAUCGCUGCGCCCACUCUCACAAGCGCCAAAUGUAUCCUCAAACCCGAGUACGGGGGGAUAUCGCCACUCGCGAAGCAACACACUCGAUGAAUCACAUCCCUGGAAGGACGCUCGACCCAGCACACCGGAAUCACGCCAUGUCCGCCAGCAAGAGAACGAGUCUCCGCGUUACAGAGCCCACGCUCUCGAGACCAAACCAUCUCCACCUGCAUCUCCUCACCAUUUUUCUCCUAUUACCGGAAAUUCAAGACCCUCAUCUCCUCAAAAAUCGCUAUCGCAUGGUCCCCCACAGCUGACCGCCCAGCUUUCAGCACCAGAGCUUGAAACACUUCAAAAAUCAUCAACUGGUCAUCUGAGAACCCUCUCCAAAUUUGCACAGUCAGGUGAAGGUGAGGAUUUCCAAUUUGGCUCAUCGACAGGAUCCGUAGUAGGUCUGCAGGGACGACGACGCUUGAAGCGCGCAGGCUCGGUAGCUGGAAGAAAUGGCGCAAUCUCUCCAGAGAAGCCGAAAGCUUCUUCAUGGACGGCUGGCAACUGGAUGGACCAGCAACGUCAGUUCAUCCAAGCGUACGAAUACCUGUGCCAUAUCGGAGAAGCCAAACAAUGGAUCGAAGAUGUGAUUCAAAAGCAGAUUCCACCGAUUGUUCAGUUGGAAGAAGGGCUUCGAGAUGGUGUAACUCUAGCAGAACUAGUGCAAGCCAUGUACUCUGGUCGAACCCUACGCAUUUUCCGACACCCAAAGUUGCAGUACCGCCAUUCAGAUAACAUCGCCCUGUUCUUCCGAUUCCUGGAUGAGAUUGAGCUCCCAGAGCUGUUCCGAUUCGAACUCAUUGAUUUAUACGAGAAAAAGAACCUUCCCAAGGUCAUCCACUGUAUCCACGCCUUGUCCUGGCUCCUUUUCAAGAACGGGAUGUUGGACUUCCGCAUGGGCAACUUGGUGGGUCAACUCGAGUUUGAACAUCAUGAGCUCGAGAAAACCCAGAAAGGUCUCGACAAAUCUGGUGUCAGUAUGCCUAGCUUUGCAGGCAUGGCAGCAAACUUUGGCGCUGAGCCUGAACCUGAGCCCGAGCCCGUCGAGUCAGAACAGGAGCGCAUCGAUCGAGAAUUGCACGAAAGCGAAGCUGAGAUCUGCGACUUCCAGGCCCAAAUCAGAGGUGCGAUGUUGCGAUUGCGGCUUGGAAACACGAUGGGAGAUCUAUGGGACUUUGAGCCCCUCUUGAUUGAACUGCAGUCACGUAUCCGCGGAGACUUUGCACGCCAGAUCAGCAAUUACCGACUCAGUAUGUACCAGUUUGCAGUUGAGUUACAAGCAAUCAGUCGAGGAUUUGUUGUACGCUCUCGUCAACAAGGAGAUCAGCAAUGGCGCCAGGCCCAAGAGCACGGCAUUUUGCAACUUCAGAGUCUGAUUCGAGCGUCGAAGACACGUUCUCAAAGUGCUCUCCUGCAGACUCGCGUGCGACGAGAAGAGUCUGGAAUCAAGCAAUUCCAGGCCGCAAUCCGAGGUGCGCUGCAACGUAUGAACGUCGGUGAUCAAUACGAGCAAUCUCGACAAUCCCAAAACGAUGUCACCAACCUCCAAGCCGCCAUUAGAGGCGCAUUGCAGCGAAUGAGCGUUUCUUAUGAAUACGAACAAACUCGAGAAGCAGAAAGCAACGUGAUAAAACUCCAAUCAGCCAUCAGAGGUGCAUUGCAACGCAUGAGCGUUUCUUAUGAAUACGAACAAACUCGAGAAGCAGAAAGCAACGUGAUUAAGCUCCAAUCAGCUAUCAGAGGUGCAUUGCAACGCAUGAGCGUUGGGGACCAAUUCGACGAGUCUCGGCAAUCCGAAACUCAAGUCACAUCUCUCCAAGCUGCCAUAAGAGGUGUCUUAUGCCGAAGCCGAAUGAAUGCCCAGUCGCAUGAAGUCAAAAAGGUUGAGACUCCGGUCCGAUCCUUGCAGGCUGUCAUCCGAGGAUCCUUGGCUCGCCAGCAAGUGUCUGACACCAAGGCUGCACUCAGCAAAGAAGCUGCUCAGAUCACAACCGUUCAAUCCAAUGUCAGGGCCCUGCUAGCUAGAACACGCCACUGUCAAUUGUUACAGGAACUGGCAUUGACUGAGGAUGAGUGUGCUGCACUUCAAGCUCUAGCACGAGCCGCUGCAAUCAGAAAGAACACCACGGCCCUUCUCGCUCAGCUUGCUGAACACCUAUCUCCCGUGAUUGACCUCCAGGGUAUACUCAGGGGACAGGCGCUGAGACAGUCAUUGAACGAACAGAGGACCGCCCUCUCACAACAGGAACCAAUAAUAUUGGACAUGCAGUCUCGAAUUCGAGCUAUGAUUCAGCGGAGCCACCUGCUUGCACAACGCAAGGAACUAGAAUACGAGGAGCCUGCCAUCAUUGACCUCCAGGCCCUUGCUCGUGCUGCCAUCUCGCGUAUCGAAGUCGGUGACAUCCUGUCUCAUCUUGAAGAGAACGAAGAGGAGAUUGUUCAGCUUCAAGCCCUGUCCCGGGCAAUGAUCGUACGAGUCGAAAUUGGUGAUAUGUUGACAGAUCUUGAGGCCGAGGAACACUUCAUCAUUGAUCUCCAAUCGCGUGCGAGAGGGAGUCUCAUCCGCACUCAGUUUGAAGAACGGCGCCAGCACUAUAACGAGAAUAUGGAGAAGGUCAUAAAGGCCCAGAGUGUUAUUCGAGGUCGGAUCCAGGGCCAGGCUUACAAGAGCUUGACCAGUGGCAAAAAUCCUCCUGUUGGCACAGUCAAGGGCUUCGUGCAUCUUCUCAACGAUAGCGAUUUUGACUUUGAUGAGGAGAUUGAAUUUGAGCGUCUGCGAAAGGCGGUUGUUCAGCAGGUGCGACAGAACGAGAUGGCUGAGCAAUACAUCAGUCAACUUGACAUCAAGAUCGCUCUUCUUGUCAAGAAUAAGAUCACACUGGACGAAGUUGUCAAACAUCAAAAACAUUUCGGUGGUCACAUUGGAAACCUUUUGUCCAACACCGAGAUCUCCUCUAAGGAUCCGUACGAUCUCAAGGCCCUGAAUAAAACCUCAAGAAAGAAGCUUGAUCAAUAUCAGGUGUUCUUCUUCCUCCUUCAAACCCAGUCACAGUACUUGGCCCGGUUGUUUAGGCGAUUGCGUGAGGUCAAUACCUCGGAUAAGGAAUAUGAGAGGAUCAGGCACUUGAUGAUGGGUCUCUUCGGUUACUCCCAGAAAAGACGCGAGGAAUAUUAUCUCAUAAAACUUCUGUCACGGUCCGUGAAAGAGGAUAUUGAAAGUUUCACUUCGCUCCCCGAGUAUCUGCGUUGCACAUCCUUCUGGAACAAGCUUUUCGCUUCAUAUGCCAAGUCACCCCGGGAUCGAAAAUUCAUGCGUGAUGUGCUAGGAACUGUUGUGAAGGAGUCUGUCGUCGACAACCCGGAUCUUGACCUGGAGAGCGACCCAAUUCAAAUCUACCGCUCUGCGAUCAACAAUGAGGAGCUUCAAACUGGCCAAAGAAGCCGUCGACAGCCCGAUCUUCCCAGAGAGGAAGCCAUCCGAGAUCCUGAAACCAGAGAAACAUUCAUUCAGCAUUUGCAAGACUUGCGUGAUAUUGUCGAUCAAUUUUUCCUUGGUUUCGAGGACUUCCUCUACCGAAUGCCAUUCGGUACCAGAUACCUCGCACAGCAAAUGUACCAAAAUCUGCUCGAACGCUUCCCUAGCGAGGAUCCAGGAUUUAUCCUCCAAACAGUCGGCCAUUGGGUCUGGAAGAACUAUUUCCAACCUGCUGUGCUAGAGCCAGAAAAGUACGGCGUCAUCGACCGAGGUUUGACCCAAGAACAAAAGCGCAAUCUAGGAGAAAUCUCCAAGGUUGUCGCACAAAUCGCCUCUGGAAGACUCUUCGGUGCCGAAAAUGUCUAUCUUCAGCCACUCAAUACCUACAUCGCAGAGUCAAUUCAGCGCCUAGGCCGGAUCUGGGGUCAGAUGAUCUCGGUCCAGGAUGCAGAGACCUAUUUCGACAUUGACGAAUUCAACGAUCUCUAUGCCAAGGCCAAACCGACACUGUACAUUAAGAUGUCAGACAUCUUCUCGAUUCACCAACUGGUCGCAUCAGAGAUCAACCACAUGUGCAUUCACCCCGAAGACUUCCUGAAAGACCUUGUCCGUGAAUUGGGUAAUGUGAAGAGUAACGAAAAUGAGUUGAUGGCCGUCAGCUCCACUGAAAUUAACCUUACAUUGAAUCCCAAGCUGGCUCAAGUUGAAGACCCGGAAGCAGACAUCAAAACACUCUUCAUGGAGACCAAACGCUGUAUUCUGUAUAUCAUUCGGGUCCAGACCGGAUCCAACCUGAUGGACGUUAUGCUCAAGCCACCAACGGUUGAAGAUGAAGAGAGGUGGCAAACAUUGGUGCACGAAGAGAUCAAUACCAACAGCCCUCGCCGAGGUGCCUACUCCGAGGCCAAUAGCUUGAUCGACAUUGGAUCCAUGGGCUAUGCCGAGCUCAAGGGUAUCGCACUUGAGAACAUUCUUCGACUUGAACAAAGUGGCAAGAUCAACCGUCAUAACCAUUACCAGGACCUAUUGAAUGCCAUUGCAUCUGAUAUUCGCACCAAGCAUCGUCGUCGAAUCCAGCGAGAGCGUGAACUGGAAGGUGCCCGAUUGACUUCUCAACGUCUCAGCGGCCAAGCUGUGUACCUUGAUCAGCAGCUCAAGACGUACAACGACUACAUCGAGCAAGCCAUGAUAACGUUGCAGAACAAAAAGGGAAAGAAGCGUUUCCUGAUGCCAUUCACCAAGCAGUGGGAUCAUCAGAGAGAACUGCAAAAAUCCGGCAAGGUUUUCAAGUUUGGAUCUUUCAAAUACUCCGCGCGCACUCUGGCCGAUCGAGGUGUUCUUGUCGCCUGGAAGGGCUAUUCCGAGAGGCAAUGGGAUCGUGUCGACUUGACUAUUUCUAGUAAUGAAGUCGGUGUGUUCACUAUUGAUGGCAGCAGCGGAAACAUGAUGAUUCCAGGCGCCAAUGCACAGGUACCGCUGGACGACUUGCUGCAGGCACAGUUCAACAACACGCAGUUCAUGGACUUCUUCGACGGACAUUUGCGGGUCAAUGUCAACCUUUUCUUGCACCUGAUCAUGAAGAAGUUCUAUAAUGAGUAA